UGUGUGUGUGUGUGUGUGUAACGUACCCAUCCUCUUCUGAUAUGGCCACCCAGCUGCUGCUCCAUCCAUCCUAUCCGCAGACCACGUGACCCAGUUCUGCGUGUCCUUCAGUAGUUCAUUCAGCAUGAUGGCUGCGGAUGCUGCGGAUGCUCUCUGCUGCAUCCUGCAUCCGCGCCAGCUCUCUCUCCUCUUUCUCACCGCCACCCUCUCCUCUCUGCCGGCCCCGGCAGCAGCGCUGCUCGGCGUCCGACCGGAAGACACCCAGAGCGGAGAGCUGUCCGUGCAGGAUGGGAUGCUGAGGGCGAUCGAGGGGACUCGCUUCAUGCUGAGGGUUUACUACCCCGCAUCUCCAGCUGCGGAACUUCCAAACAGCCUGAACGUCAGCGGCAGACCUGACGCCGCUCCUGCCGCUCCGUGGAUCGCGUUUAUAGAGGAACCAGGUGGGGACAGCGGGGACACGGAGAGGCGGCUCUGGUCAACAGGGAAUCCGUGUGAAGAGGAGAAUGCCCGGAGUUCAGACAUCGAGCUGCUGGGCUCUUUCAGAUCCACCUCAAGUCUCAACUCAGUUUUGGUGGAGCUGCUCGCUAAAGACCUGCGCAGAGGGGAUGUGAUCAAAUACUACUCCAUGUGUGCGUUUGAUGGAGUGAAAUGGGAGCAUUUCAGCACCAAAGACUUCUGGUUGGCGGUAGUGGAGAGACCUCCUGAGGCAGAUGUUUGGCUCCAGGCGGGUGUCUCGGUACUCUUGUUGGGUCUGUCUGCGCUCUGCAGCGGUCUGAACAUCAGCAUGCUGGCUCUGGACCCGGUGGAGCUGCGGGUCCUGCAGAACAGUGGCACAGAGAAAGAGCAGAAAUACGCAAGGAAAAUAGAGUCAGUGCGUAAACAUGGGAACUACAUCCUAUGCACCGUGGUGCUGGGCAACGUGCUUACAAAUACAUGCUUUGUGGUGUGGAUGUGCCAGAUUUUAGGAAUGACUGCUCUCUCAACUGCCUCCUGCACUUUGGGGAUAUUCUUCAUCGGCGAGAUUUUACCUCACUCACUCGCGUCCAGGCACAGCCUCGCCAUCGCCUCCAAGACCCUCUGCGCGACCCGCUUACUGAUGCUGGUGUUUUUUCCCAUCGCCUACCCAGUUUCUAAGAUUCUGGACAUCAUGCUGCACCAAGAGAUCAGCAACUUUUAUACCAGGGAGAAGUUGGUGGCCAUGUUGCGCGUCACAGAUCCGUACCACGACCUGGUCAAAGAGGAGCUCAACAUCAUCCAGGGAGCCCUGGAGCUGAGGACCAAGACCGUAGAGGACGUGCUAACCCCGCUGUCAGACUGCUACAUGCUGUCCUCGGACGCCGUGCUGGACUUCUGCACCAUGUCGGACGUGAUGCAGAGCGGUUUCACCCGGAUCCCGGUCUACGAGAACGAGAGGUCCAACAUCGUGGACAUCCUGUUUGUCAAAGACUUGGCCUUCGUGGAUCCUGACGAUUGCACUCCUCUGAAAACAAUUACUCAGUUUUACAACCACCCCAUGCACUGCGUGUUCAGUGACACCAAGCUGGAUGUGAUGCUGGAGGAAUUUAAGAGAGGUAAGUCCCAUCUGGCUGUGGUGCAGAGGGUGAACAGUGAAGGUGAGGGAGACCCCUUCUAUGAAGUGAUGGGCAUCGUCACCCUGGAGGAUGUCAUAGAAGAGAUCAUCAAGUCUGAGAUUGUGGAUGAGACAGACCUGUAUACUGAUAACCGGACCAAAAGGCGAGUAUCCCACCACGACAGGAAACAGCAGGAUUUUUCCAUCUUUAAACUGGGAGAAAAUGAGCUAAAGGUGAAGAUCUCACCCCAGUUGCUGCUUGCAACACACCGCUUCUUGGCAACAGAAGUGGAGCCUUUUAGGCCGUGUCACCUGUCAGAGAAGAUCUUGCUGCGUCUCAUCAAGCAUCCCAGCGUUGUGCAGGAACUCAAGUUCAACCCCAAGAACAAACACGCUCCUCAACACUACCUCUUCCAGAGAAACAAACCUGUGGACUACUUUGUCCUCAUUCUGCAGGGACGGGUGGAGGUAGAGAUAGGAAAGGAGGCUCUCCGCUUUGAAAAUGGAGCGUUUUCCUAUUAUGGCAUGCCAGCACUCAUCCCGCCUCUUCCUAUUGGUCCGAGGUAUAGUUCUCGGGGAAGUGGUCUGAACCAAUCAGAUUCAUUACUGAGUGGGGGCAGUGUGGGUCAGCUCACUACAGGAGGAGGGGUCUACUUGCCAGACUACUCAGUCCGACAGCUUAUAGACCUGCAGAUCAUCAAGAUCACCAGGAACCACUACCAGAACGCUCUAAUGGCCACCAGGAUGGACAGCUCCCCCCAGACACCAGACCCGGUGGACCCUGAUGAUAAAGGGCGGCCUGCAGUCCCAGAGGCCCGCUCACACAGCAUCGCCCUCCCCCUCACACACACACACACUCGACUGGGGCUGGCACGCCUUGCACAUCUCCAUCCCCACGGUGGCCUUCGCAACACCUCCCAGCUCAAUGAAAGAAACCGUAUUGUUCGCAGUAAAUCUGAUGGGCAGAGGAGUCCAAAUGAUACCGUGUUCCUCCGCAUGGAUGAUAUUCCCUACAUCCACGAGGACCGGCCGGAAAAUUAUGAAGACAAUGAUGUGCCCACAGAGUCUCACCCCUCCACCUCUCCCCUCAUCAGCUCUCUGUCUCUGUCCAGCUCGGAGGAGAACAUUGGGAAGAAGCUAUUGCGUAAAUUGAGUAACAAGAGGAGGAAAAAGUCUCGGGACGGAGAAAAGAGUUUGGAGGAAGGUUCAGAGCAAUUAACAGUGACGAGCUAGCGCAGUGACACUGAGGAAGAGGGAUGAAGGUUCUUCCUCUUAAUCAUUCACUGGUUUUCUUUACUAAACAACCACUCCCCUCAUAGACUCCCUCCAUGCUCUGACACAACUCUCACAGGAAACUGAGCCAUCUCAUGUGAUGUAGCCACCAGUUACACUCAGGUCCCCACUGGCACAAUCUGUCCCACCUCUGCCUGACUUCACACCCUUAAAGUGAUUGCUGACUAUAAGCAGGACAGAUCUGAAAAAAAAAACAUUGGACAAAUCUAAACAACAUAUUGGAUUUAUCCAGCCUUACACUGAAUGGAGGUUUUCAUCAGGUUUUAUAGUAAAUGGAGAAAAUCUUGUCAGGUAACCUUUUGAUGGUAGCUUUAUCCAUAACUUUAACAUUGAUCUCAUUUAAGCCAUCUGGACUCUACAAGAUCUCUCAAUCUGGAGCCCAACAAGAUCCUUAGGUAAUAUCUGAGCCAGCUUUGACCUUUUACUUGAUCAAACAAUCAAUACAACAGUUUUAAUUAUGUAUUUAUUAUUAUUAUGAGGCAGUUCCCAUAUACUGAAGAUGUUGUUUGCACAAGGAACUGUCCUAAUGUUGCCAUAAGGGGGCCACCUACUGCCAACAGUACCAGACACACUAGCCAUCGGUUAAAAAGAAAAAGAAGCCACAAGACAAGAGCACAAUUUUUACACCAGAUUAAAUGAACACAAUUUUGAAAAAGCCAUAAAUUAAUUCUCAGCUUAUUGUAUACACUGACCUCUUGUCAAGUUUAGAGGGUAUGCGCAAUUUUAAAAAUACCAAUGCUUGAAAUAACACAAUUUCUUACCUGAUUUUUACAUAGAAGUUUUAGAACUACCAAAAGUAAUUUGAACAUAGCAAUUUAAGUCAUUUUACCAACUGUAAUAGUCUACCACAUACACACAUGCAUACUGUACAUUCAGUAAAUGCAUCCUAAUGCAUGUGUCCUACAUAUACUCCAUCUGGUAUGUCUUCCCAUUUAAGCAUUCCCUUGUCAUUGCAUAUGUAGCUGUAUAUGACACAAUUUUAGUGUUUCUAUCAAGCAAACACCCUCACUUAUUCACACUUUCCCUUGAUGUUACCACCUUUGAAAAAAAAAUUAGCCUUUGUUUGAUUGCAUUCAGUAGGACGUAUAGGGGCGAUCAACUUCAUACCAUUAGCUACCAUAUUAGCCACUUUUCUACAGUUCAUUUUACUAAAGCUGCAUACACCAUAUAAAAUAAGCUAGGGGUUUAGGGUUUCGGGAUCCAGAUGGAUAGGAGUAUUCUUGAGAAAAGAGUAGUUGCUACUUGCAUGUUUGUUUCUGCUGCUUUUACUGUAGAAUUAUCCCCUGUAGAAAGUCUCUUUUUCUCUCUUUUUCCAUAUGCAUGCUUAAGUAAAGGGAUGCAUGAAUAGGAUAACAGUCUGCAGUACCAUCUACCCACAGUGUGUGACUUACUGAAAUCUUAAGCGAGUGUAGAUUUUAACAUGAACCUGAAGUUUUAACUGCUAAAGUUGAGAAAAAGCGAUAGGGGCAAUAAAUACUGCAACAAGCCUGCAGUUGUCAUGUUUUAACUGUUGCUAUUACGACACAAGGGGACUUCAGAAAGAGUCAAAGGUCACUGUGUCUACUGAAGAUACCGUUUGAGGCCAUACAACGCUGCUUAUAGAAGGAAAAAAUUAAGCCAUUAUUCUAUAAAUAAUCGAUUACUGCAAUAAUGAAAUCAUUAUUUGAUCCUUUUUAAAAAUGUGAGUGGUAGCUGCAGCUCAGGUUGGACUGAGCUGCUCUGCGUUGUGAAAUCUUGGCAGGUACACUGCGAAGAGAGAAAUACAUGAAGGAGGAAAGCAAUAUGACGCACGCUGACGUCAAGCCACCACCUCCUGACACACACGCACGCAUGCACACACGCGCACACACACGCGCACACACACACACACACACACGCACACACACAGGUGGUUUUGGGACACUCUGUGACAUAUUUCAUUCUGCCUUGUAAGGCUAUGAAAAUACAAAAGGAUCCUGCACUGCCAAGCUAUUCACAUUGACCCCUCUAUGUACACAGAACACGCAACGGGAAGUCUUUUGAUUUGACAACUGACUGAACAAGAGGAUUUGUGUGAAUCAGAAUAUCUCUCAAAUCAAUGCUUUGACAGAUUUUCAGUUUGUUAAAACAGAUUUAUAUUUCCGAGGAUUGAUAUACUGUUUGUUUGCGAUAAAAAAAGGUUACAUUUUAUAAUGUAAAAUUCUGAUGAUUAUAUAAGUUACCCAAAGAUAUCAAGAGACAGACCAUAUGUUCCACACAAGGGAUACUUACAUUAUUAAUAAAUUGACUAAAACUAU